ACUGGCUGCGUGUCAAUUUCAACCCCGUUCGAAUAAAUAAAAAUUAGAUACCAUGGCGGACGAAGUGAUUGACACUGUGAAGGAAACCAUCAAAGGCAUCUUUGAGAAUGUGAAUGUGAAAAAUGAAACGGCGCCCAGUGAGAAGAAACCGUCCAGCCCCGAAGGCAUUGCGGUGGCGUACGGCAGCUUGGUGAUUAUGGCCAUGUUGCCCAUUAUUUUCGGCUCUAUACGUUCCGUGAAGCUGCACAAGCUGAAAAAGUCUACGGGGGAGAAAGCCGACACGAUGACAAAGAAAGACGCCAUGUACUUCCCACUGAUUGCCUCGGCCGCCCUCUUCGGCCUGUAUCUGUUCUUCAAGAUAUUCCAGAAGGUGCACAUCAACUUCUUGCUCACCGGCUACUUCUUCGUGCUGGGCGUGAUUGCUCUGGCGCACCUACUCAGCCCCGUGAUGAACUCGCUGAUGCCCGCCGCCGUGCCAAAGGUGCCCUUCCACAUACUGUUUACGCGGGGCGAGGGCAAGCACAAGGAGGAUCUCAUUAACUAUAAGUUUUCCACCCACGACAUUGUGUGCCUGGUCAUCUCAUCGGUCAUUGGCGUGUGGUAUCUGCUGAAGAAGCACUGGAUAGCCAACAACCUGUUCGGCCUCGCCUUCGCCAUCAACGGCGUGGAGAUGCUCCAUUUGAAUAACUUUGUGACUGGCGUCAUCCUGCUGAGCGGUCUCUUCUUCUACGACAUCUUCUGGGUGUUUGGCACCAAUGUUAUGGUCACUGUGGCCAAGAGCUUCGAGGCACCCAUCAAGCUAGUCUUCCCCCAGGAUCUCAUCGACAAUGGCCUGAAUGCUUCGAACUUUGCCAUGCUGGGUCUUGGCGACAUUGUCAUUCCGGGCAUCUUCAUUGCCCUGCUCCUGCGUUUCGAUGACAGCAAGAAGAGGAAGACGCGUAUCUACUUCUACUCCACACUGGCGGCAUAUUUCCUGGGUCUAAUGGCCACGAUCUUUGUGAUGCAUGUCUUCAAGCACGCCCAACCGGCGUUGCUCUAUCUGGUGCCCGCCUGCAUGGGCACACCCCUGCUGGUGGCUCUCAUCCGAGGCGAGCUGAAGGUGCUCUUUGCCUAUGAAGAUCAUCCCGAGGAGAAGCCCGAAAAGAAGGAGAAGAAGGACAAGGAGGAGGGCAGCAGUAGCGGCAGCAGCAGCAGCAAAAAGAAGGAAUCUAAGAAGGCAAAGUAAAUGCCACCAAAAGCAGCACGACAACCACAAACCGUUCCAUCAAACUAAAUGUCUUCUUCAAUUUGGCAAGCCGUGUAAUAUUUUGUUAUAGCUUCCACUUCUCUGAUCCGAUCCGUACUUCCUGCGACAUUUCUAUAAAAGACGAUUUUGCUAUAAAUAUUGAUUUAGUAAUGUUCCUUCGCAAGGCACAACCACCUUAUUAAGUUCGUUUAGGUUUACGAAAUAUGUAGAGAAUUUAACUUACCUUUUUUCAAACUUUUUCUACCAGAAUCAAA